AGGGUGCACACUUCGACAGGGAACCCAGUACAGUGUUACACCGGUGAUGGACGGACAGGACUCAAACUGAGGAAUUUUGCAGGAAAAAUGAAUUACGCUCGGUUUCUCACAGCAGUCAGUGCAGCCAGAAAACCAUCCCCUAUCAGGAUACUGACGGAGCUGCAGCAGCGCUCUCCACCAUCUCUGAUCUCUUUGGCUGGUGGAGCUCCGAACCCCAGCACCUUCCCCUUCCUGUCGGCCAACAUCCAGCUGAAGAACGGGCAAACAGUCGGCUUCGAUGAGACUCUAAUGAAAAGGGCUCUGCAGUACUCGGCCUCCAACGGAAUCCCUGAGCUGCUGACGUGGAUGAAGAAUCUGCAGAAGAACCUCCACAACCCUCCGACAGCCACCUACAGCCCUGAGAAGGGACAGAUGGAAAUGUGUGUGACCACAGGAAGUCAGGAGGGACUGUGUAAGGUGUUUGAGAUGCUGGUGAACCCGGGAGACAACGUUCUGCUGGACGCUCCUACCUACUCAGGCACGCUAGCGGCACUCCAGCCUCUCGGGUGUAACUUAAUCAACGUUUCCAGUGACCAGCACGGCAUGAUCCCCUCAGCACUGAAGGAGGUUCUGUCCCGCUGGGCCCCCUCAGAGGUCCAUGAGCCCGGCAGCAGCGCUCCUAAGGUGCUCUACACCAUCCCCAACGGAGGAAACCCCACCGGGGCCUCCAUGACAGCCCAGAGGAAGAAGGAGAUCUACGAGCUGGCCAGACAGUACGACAUGCUCAUCAUCGAGGAUGACCCAUACUAUUUCCUACAGUUCGACAAGCCAUGGGCCCCCACGUUUCUCUCCAUGGACGUUGAUGGACGAGUCAUCAGGACAGACUCCUUCUCUAAAAUCCUGUCUUCAGGGUUGAGGAUCGGGUUCGUCACUGGUCCUAAACCGCUCGUGGACAGAGUAGUCCUGCACAUCCAGGCCUCGACCAUGCACACCAGUUCCUUCACACAGCUCAUGGUGUCUCAGUUGCUGCACAGUUGGGGCCAACAAGGUUUCCUCCAGCACAUAGACGGGGUCAUCGAGUUUUACAGGAAACAACGUGAUGCCAUGAUCAGCUCUGCAGAGAAGUGGCUCAAAGAUGUAGCUGAGUGGCACGCCCCGUCGGCUGGUAUGUUCCUGUGGAUCAAACUGAAGGGCAUAGCUGAUACCCAGCAGCUCAUUAUGGAGAAGGCACUGGAGAAAGAGGUGCUGCUGGUUCCUGGAGGUGUGUUUAUGAUCAACAGCAGCGAGCCCUGUGCUUACGUCAGAGCGGCCUUUUCUCUGUCUACACCAGAGCAGAUGGAUGAGGCUUUCAGAAGACUUUCAUCCCUCAUCAAAGACGCAGUUUGAUGACAGGUGGAUUUAUAUGUGCAGAUGCUGACAAUAUUUUUAGUAAUGUGUCAUUUUAUUAUGGUGUUAUUUCAAACCAUGUAUGGAUCUAGAUUGUACAAAAGAAGAAUAAGCUCUUUGGAAAGGUACUUACUAUACUGUGUAGUGACAGUACAUUUUCAUUACGUUGCACAGAAAAGUAAAUAAUUUUGUCAAUCUUUCUAUUUAAAUUGUUACUUUUUCACUGCAAAUAAACAUGUAAAUACAGCACCUCUUAAGGA